UCACAUCCUUGAAACUGUUCGACUUUUUUUGGAAACAUUUUCUCUUCCCUGGACCGUCUCUGCAACCAUGGAGUUUUGGGGUGUUGAGGUGAAAAGUGGAGAAUCUCUCAAAGUUGAUCCAGGAGACGACAAGAUUAUCCACCUUUCAAAUGCAUGCCUGGGCGAUGUGACUAAGGCUAAAGGAGGUGAAUCGGUGGCCCUGAAUGUGAAGUUUGGUAACCAGAAGCUUGUGCUUGGAACGCUUUCUACGGCUAAAUUUCCUCAAAUAUCUUAUGAUUUGAUAUUUGAGAAGGAAUUUGAGCUAUCCCAUAGUUGGAAAAAUGGGAGUGUCUUCUUUACUGGAUUUAAAGCUCAAUCUCAGUCGGAGUCUGAUAAUGAUGAAGAUUCUGAUGAUCUUGAUGAAGAUAUUCCAGUUAGUGCUGCCAAUGGUAAACCUGAGUUUGAGGUGAAGCAUGGUGUCAAACCUGAUGAAGCUAAACAGAAGAAGACAACAGAUCCAAAGAAGAAUGAGAAGGUUAAGGAAAAGGAUGCAAAUGGUGAAGAUGAAGAUUCAUCCGAAUCUGAUUCUGACGGUGAUUCAAGUGAAGAUAAGCCCACAGCAAAUGGUGACAUAGAAAGUAGCGAAGGUGAUGAGGACAGUGAUGAUGAGGAUGAUGACGAGGAUGAGGAUGAUGAAGAAUCUGAUGAGGAGACACCCAAGAAGAUUGAAGCAGGCAAGAAGCGGAAUAUUGACUCUGCCAACAAAACAACUGUCCCUGUGAAGAAGGCAAAAUUUGUUACUCCUCAGAAGCCUGGUCAUAUGACUCAGCUGGGAAAGAAAAAUCUAAGUCUUUUCCAGAGCCUGAGGAAGGAGUUGACCGAAAAAUCCAAAAAUGUUGGGGAUACUGAAGUUCCCAACAUGCAGGAUCCACUAGUAGAGGUUCGAGUACACGGUGGUACAAAAAGAAAGGCAACAAUCCCUAUUCAGAAGGGUGUCGGAAAGGACAUUAAAAGGAUUAUGACUGAGCUUCUGGGACCGGGAUCGUCCUCAGGAAUUAAGAGACCUGAGGUUGGUCUCAUAGAGUUGCCGGAGACAACCGUUGGCUGUGACAUCGAGAUCAAUUUAGAGGAGGCUGUGUUUUCUUCUCUGGAUAACAUGGAGCCUAUCGCUAUGGCAAAGGCAAUGGUGGAGUUUAAUAGCAAAGCCCUGAUCCUGUGUCGAAGAGUGGGCUGCCUGCUGCAGAAGGAACUUAAAGAAGGAGGAAAGGCUAAAAUAGAGCAGGUCAAUAAAGAGUUAAAGGUGUUGCAGGCUAAGUAUGAAGUGGACAAGGCAGCCUGGGAUAGGGAGAGGGAAGAGCUAGUUGCCGAGAAAAAACAACUAGGUUCUUGGAAGGUGAGGUGUUUAGAUUCAGAGAAGAAAAUGAAGGAGAAGAUUGAAGAUUUGGAGGCGAACAACGACGAAUUGAAGGAGAAAUAUCAGAGGAUAGAGAGCGAACUAGAGGAUUUGAAGGACUAUAUAGUUCAGGAGCACAUAAAUGGCUUCCAUAAAGGCUUGAGGCAGGCGGCAUUAUUUUAUAAGGAGGUGGAUGCUACGGAUCCUCGUUAUGAUGUGUAUAAAGAUGUCUUUAAGGGGCGCCUGUUGGACGAGGAAGAGAUGGAUUCUGACCAGCCCGUGGAAGAGCCUGAAGCUACUGUUGAUCCCGCUGUUGAGGAGGAGGUGACGGCGAAUGAUGAGGCUGAGAUUACUACAAAGUGAUUUUAUUUUGAUAACAUUUAUUUUUGUUUCGGGUCCAAGUUUGUAAUAACUCUUACUUUUUAUCAGCCGUGAA